GAAACAGACACACAAGGAGAAGGGCUUCAUUCUCAGCCGAAAGCUUCGUUUAGGCACAGUCAAAGAGAGGGGGACAGAGAGAGAGCCACUCUCAGCGUGUCCUUGUUGCCCCUGCUGUCAUCUCCGACCGCCCCUAUCUGAUUAUUAAACCCCGAGACCCACCAGUCCCUGCCACUGACAGGGAGAGGGAUUUUCUACCGCAGUGUCGUGACUGGACGGUGGGAGACUCGGUUGACUUUUCGGCCCUUAUUUUCCUCAUAAUGUGGUUUAACAACGUCUAAGAGUGACCCCAGUUUGCCGAAUGUCGCUGCGUUUUGUGUUCUCGGUGCAAACGUGGGUCAUGCUCUUCACCUGACAUCCCAUCGGUAUCCACUGAACAGACUGAGUUAAGCAGGAGCCACAACUUUGCCACGGGGUUUCUUUUUUCAAUAAGUUAUCUUGCGAGCUACUGGCCGCGGAAGCAGACUGUUUGUCACCGAUUAGCAAUCUCUCUUUUUUACGCAUACUAAGCUACAUCACCAAGGCAAAACGGCGAAUUCAGUCGACUACCUUUCUUUUCUUUGCUAUCCAAUGGAUAUUCACUGCAAAACAGACCCCUUCUUGGCGAUGCACCGGCAUGGGGGUGUGAACCAGCUAGGCGGGGUGUUUGUGAAUGGCAGACCCCUACCUGAUGUAGUGAGGCAGAGAAUUGUCGAGUUGGCGCACCAAGGUGUCAGGCCAUGUGACAUCUCCCGCCAACUACGGGUCAGUCACGGCUGCGUUAGCAAAAUUCUCGGCAGGUACUACGAAACCGGCAGUAUUAAACCCGGAGUUAUUGGGGGCUCCAAACCAAAGGUGGCGACUCCCAAAGUAGUGGAUAAAAUCACAGAUUACAAGCGUCAGAACCCCACCAUGUUCGCUUGGGAGAUUAGAGACCGACUUCUGUCCGAGGCCGUCUGCGACAACGACACCGUUCCCAGUGUGUCAUCCAUCAACAGGAUUAUUCGCACCAAAGUCCAGCAGCCAUUCCACCAAUCGCCUGACGGUUCCAUAACACCACUCUCCACGUCUGGACACACCAUAGUCCUUAGCACGGCCUCUCCCCCUGUAACCAGCGCCUCCAACGACCCCGUAGGAUCCUACUCCAUCAACGGCAUUCUGGGGAUCCCCCGCUCCAACGUUGAGAAGAGGAAAGGAGAGGAUUUUUACUGGAGUGGCAACCACUUGAAUGGGCGGAAAAUAGGACAUUAUGGGUCGGACGGCUCUGGCCCAGGCAGUGUCUCUCAGGGCAGCGUGGAGAGUUUACGGAAGCACCUCCUGGCCGACGCCUUCACUCAGCAGCAACUGGAGGCUCUGGACCGGGUGUUCGAGCGGCCAUCCUACCCCGACGUCUUCUCCACCUCAGAAAACAUCAAACCAGAACAGGCAAAUGAGAUCUCUUUCCCGUCCCUGAACAGCAGUCUAGAUGAGACCAAACCCAGCCUGUCCACCAGCACCAGCUCAGACCUGGGCUCCAGCGUCUCACAGAGCUACUCGGUCAUCACAGGUCGAGACAUGGCCAGCACGACCUUACCUGGCUACCCACCUCACGUACCCCCAACAGGGCAGGGCAGCUACCCCACCCCAACACUCACUGGAAUUGUCUCUGGAGGAGACUUUUCAGGAAACCCCUACUCCCACCCACAAUACACCACCUACAACGAAGGAUGGAGGUUCAGCAACCCAGCAUUACUAAGUUCCCCUUAUUAUUAUAGUGCUGCAUCCCGUGGCUCCGCGCCUCCCACUGCUGCCACGGUCUAUGACCGCCACUAGUUACCAUGGAGACAGGGUCCAACUGCACAGUUGGGACUGCGGCCUCCAUAUUGUCCCAGUCUGAGAGACACUGAGAGGUCAAAGGGAAGCAAGAUGGAAUCCCCCCUGAAUCUCCAGUUUCAGCAUAGGGGGAUGAAUGGAAGGGCGACUGGCUCCCCUCAAACACACACGCUGGCUAAAGAGGGCCCCCGGGCAUUCAGAACUGAACACCAAGUUGUGUGUUUUUGUUUAUUUGUCAUUAUUUUUGCUGUGGUUGUUGAUGUUGUUUUCUUCAUGGAUCCUCAGUUCUUUACAUGGCUAAAACAGUGCAGUAUUUCUGUUGUAAUGAUAAGCCCAGGGGUUUCUAAAGGUUGUAUGCCAAAAUACAAAUACGGUGACUAACCAGCUAACCAUGUGGAAGAAUAGGGUGAGCCACAGCCUGGUGCUUUUCGCUUACUUUCUCUACUAUAAUCCUCAACCAUAGACUUAUAACAGUCCUAAACUCCCCCCUAGUAUAAACACAACAUGUGUUACAAUGUUUACUGACUCUGACAACAUGGAAACACCAUAUACUUCCUGUGAGAAACAAUCAGAUGUAAAAUAAACAAAAAUACAAAUAAAAUGUAAAUCAUAAGUCGAAAGCUUUUUUUUGCUGAAAAAUAUGAAAUGCAGACCGUGGUUCAGCAGCAUUUUCUAUUCUCAAAAUUAUUUUGAUUUUUAAAUAUUUUUUUCUAAUGUUCAAAAGUAUCUACAUUUUCACGAUUGUGUUUUUUCUGUCACAUUUCGUAUCAUAUUUUGUUAACUCAGCAGUGUACUUGUUCAUGCGUUAUCAUCCUUUGCUCUUUUUUGCACUAUUACCUGAGCAUCUGAUUUCAUAGGAUUUCAUUCCACCUCAGUACAUUCACUGCAAGUAAAGGGAAAGGGGAUACCUUAAUCAAAUACUACAGUAUGACAGAAUACACAGACAGUAGAAUUAUCCAGAUCUAAAUUAAAGAAACCUUCUUGAGAAUAACAAAUUCAUGUGAAAUUGAUAUUCAUGUAUCUGAUAGUUUCUACAGUAAUAUGAUGCACAUUGCUCUGGUAAAGAUAAUACUAUAAUACUAAUAUAGUACUACUAUAAUAUCUCCAGCUAAACAUUCUGAAAUAUUGUUUUACUCUUACCAUCAGUUGCCUACAUAAGCAUAAGCUUCAACUGUAAAAAGACUGACUGCCUUAGAAAUUUCACUUUUCAAUACAAAUCAAGUCAUACUAUAGUCCUAAGUAUUAUUUACACAUAAUUGAAUAGCCACCUUGCUUUUAAAGGGACACUGAGAAGGAAUAGAAAGAAAGACGAAAUUUACUCCUGGAAAUGUUUUGUGAAUGUGCUUUUUAUUACAUUUGCCAAAGACUUAGUUUAAUAUUUAAUAUUUUAUAUACAGUACGUAUGCUUAUACACUGAAAGUACAAAACAUUAAGAACACCUUCCUAAUAUUGAGUAUUUUUGCCCUCAGAACAG